AUGAUGUUCCUUCGAAGCCUCGCCAAAGCCCUCUCGCUAGGCACUCUCCUCUUUGCCUCAACCGGCUAUUGCGGCCAGAAGCUCAACGCCGUCUGGAGUACCAGCAGCUACUCAACCAUAUCCCCUCCGAAAGGCGACUCGAUGAUCGGGCACAAGGACGGCUUCUCUCUCCUCAAGGAGGACGGAUCCCAAGUCUUCAACGUCGCCUACCCCGAUGGCUACUCCCCCUGUAUGGGCGGGCGUGGUGCUCUCUACUCCCUUACUGGCGGGUGCCUGAAAGAUGAUGGCGAGUUCCAAUUCUACUGCUACACGCAUAUGGAGACGCCGGACAAGUGCGCCGUUCGCGACAAGAAUGGUGUGGAUAUUGCCACUGCAAAUGGCAAAGACGACACCAACUUCAUUGGAAUUGCAAUUACCAUUGAUGGAUACUGCGGUGUAUCUUUCGAGCUGUCUGAUGAUGUGGACUGUCAGCCUGGUGUGACUGGGUUCCAAAUGAAAAAGAUUCACGGAGCCUGA